GAAACAAAAGGGAAACCAACCAGCAGAAACGCACGAGCGACAGGUAAGUCCGUUUCUUUGCGGGUUUGCUCGGUAGCGGUGACGUCCGCAAACAUCUUUUCUUCUUCAAAUCACACACAUUUGUUGUUUUCCAUGCUUUAUCGCGCAACUCGUGUGCUAGCCCGCGACUCCCUCAACGGGGGCAGCUCCAUGACGCUCGGCAGCAAAGGCAUGCGACUGUCUCCCGAGCCGCACCGCCAACGCAUGCCGUGGACAGCGGCGCAGGAGUACGUUCCGGGCGUCGUGCUCAACAACAAGGACAAGUUAGUGCUCGACGGCAGCAAGUUAGUCGAACUCGAUCACAUUGAUCGCGCGGCGCAGGUUGACCCGCUGGAGGUGCUCAAGGCAACGGUGGCCACCCGCGCCUUCAACAUCUCCACGGGCUCUAAUGUUUUUCAAAUUGCCUCGCAGACUCGCUACCACGGCCGUGGGCAGAAGUUUUACCGCGAGGAGUGGCGUCAAGGCACCUACGAUAAGUACAUCACUCUCGCCGCCAUUGAAUUUAAUCGCGAAGGGAGCAAAGGCACGGCGUACGGCUACAUUACCUUCCACGGUGAGUCGACGACACGCCCGGUAGAAAUCAAUUUCGCGGACACCCCCGGCUGGCACAUGGAGUACGAGGAGGCGGCGGCGGUGCCGUUUGACGCGGUGGUGCCGCCGCCGCCAAGCAUCGGCACGGAGGUCCCGGUGGACCCGUCAUCGUACCGCGUGAAGGCGUACCCGUUUUAUGACGCCCCCAACCCACCUGAGUUUGUCGAGCGCCUGCUGAAAGACCGUGGUGUGCUGCCAGACCUUCCAAUGGACGCGUCGGCGCCUGGCGGGGAUGGGGAGGCGGGGGGCGGCGGUCCCGCGGGGGAUGACAACGAUGGAUCGCAGCACUACUCCGCGAAGGUGUAG